ACUCUGACGUUAUACCCAGUUACUUUACUUCACCUUUGAAUGAGUAAAAUUGUAAUGUCAACGGAAAUUGAAAUUAUUUGUUAAAAUUACUUAUAUAAAUCUGUAAUUCACUUAUUUUUAUGCUAAAAUUUCAGUAAACCAAAAUUACAAAAAUAGCACAAUGAAUUACGGAAAGCCUAGCACAACAUCUUUAACAUUUGUCACAGACUCUGAGGUUAGCGAGACGUCAUCAAGUGACAGCGGCGUUUUGUUCAAUCCCAGUCGUAGGCUUAUGAGAAGUGCUAAAGUAAAACGAAAGUUGAUAGCCCUCUAUGCCGACCACAGAUGCUUGUGGAAUGAGUGUCACAAGGACUUUUUCAAUUUCGGUCACAAGGCCAACAUUUGGGGGGCAAUCGCUGCUGAAAUGAAAGCCGAUUCACCGCCGGAUUUCUGGAAGCAUCAGAUGCACAGGUUGCGCUAUAAAGUCGACCUGGAACGUGUCAAAGAGCAGAAGGCCAAGUCUAUGGGUGAAGAUUUCGAGUCUAAGCUGUUCUAUAAGGAUCAAUUGAAUUUCCUGAAUCACAUAUUUUCUCGAGAAAAAGUUCAACUGGCCCCCACCUCGGAUGUUUCUCUGGAAAAACUUCCUUCGAGGCCUAAGGUAACCAUUAAGGAAAAGCCCAAAUGUAAAGCUAAAUUCUGUGAAAAGAUGGCCUCGCUUGAUGUUUUGAGGAAUCAUCAUUGCAGCAACUUGAUUCUGUCGCAUGAAUCCUUCAAGAAGAUGCAAAAGAUUACCAGCGGAGUGGAGAAGGCAAAGCCGAAAACGAAACACGUUUAAAUAGCUUUUUCGUUUUAUUACAUUUCUUGUAUCAUCAUAA